AUGCCAACAACUGCUAGCGGCGAUAAUAACAAUAACAAUAAACCUGUUCAGGCUAAUAAAGGAAGAUGUUUCAAAUGUCGAUUAAAGGUACCCUUGGCUAAACAAGCUGCGAAUAAAUGUAGAUGUGGUUAUGUGUUCUGUGAUAGUCAUCGAUAUCCUGAUAGACAUGAUUGCGAUAUUGAUUAUGCAAAACUGGAUAGAGAAAUACUUGCAAAGAACAACCCCAAAUUACAUGAACGUCCCAAGGGCGGUAGAUCAUUCCAACGUAUUGACAGUAUAUAA